UGCAGCGUGCAGGUUGGUGGUUGCGCCCCUGGUUGGAGGGUGGAGUCAGUAAGGAGGGUAUGAGGAGCGACUGUGAGCCGGCUUAGUUUUGUCACACGUCGACCUCGAGAAGACAGGAAGUCAACUACCGGGCUGGGGAAAUGAGAAUUUAAAUUCAAGCAGACCACAAGAGGAAGCAGUCAUCAUGAGCGUGGACGCGGGAGGACAGCGGCGCUAUGUGUCCACCUUCAGGAUGCAAAUCAAGUCUGGGAAUGUACCGAGAAGCAACGAUAGAGUGACGGCAGAUGCGGAAGUCCCUCCCCCUCGCCAGCGCACCGACCCGCCUGUCUUCAUGCAGCCGCUGCAGGACUGCUACGUGGAUGAGGGUGAGGAUAUCACCCUCGGUGCCGUCCUCUCCGGGACUCGACCCGUCAAAGUCACAUGGUUGCACAACGGUGAGGUAGCCCGUUUCGGAAUCCCCACACUGGACGGUGACAACGUAAGCUUGGUUGUGCGCGAGUGCCUGCCAGAGGAUGCUGGCGCGUACACCUGCGUGGCGGAAAACACGGCAGGGAAGACUUCUUGCUGUGCCGCCGUGUUUGUUACAGACUUUGAAACUAUUUGUAGCAUGCGGAGUCGAGCUCAUGUAAAUAAGAGCAUUAUGGGAAGUGGGAAGCCGCUUCAGCCUCCUCGGGAGGGUCAGCACAACUCCAGAGGAUCCACUGGCACCUCACCGAACAGCUCUGAUCCGCAGAGUCCAGUCUCUUCGUCACGAGAGGUCAUUCCGAAGAAAAGAGCCAACUCAGGAACACGUCCAAUGUUGCACUUGGAGAACCCGCCUCACUUCGUGGAGGCCAGGGCGGGACACCCGGCACGCGUCACAUGUGGAUUUACCGGCAGCCCCCCUGUGGUGUCCUGCUGGAUCCGGAACAAGGAGCAGAUAGUGGACAGUCCUGAAGUUUGGACAGAGAACUCGGACCAGAGCAGCACGUUGGUCUUGGCCGAGGCCGGAGCACAGCACACGGGCCGCUACACUGUCGUGGUCAAGGACCGUAAGAGCUCGGCCCAGCACACACUCACACUCUCCGUCAUAGACAGGCCGCAGCCUCCCGCCUCCUGUCCUCUGGUCUCCCUGGUGUCCCCCGGGAGUUUCGUGCUGUCCUGGUCAGGGCCCUGCUACGACGGGGGGAGUGCCGUGCUGGGCUACGUUGUGGAGGUCCGACCCGAGGGCCGGGAAUGGAGUGAGCUCACAGCCCAGUGUACGAGCACGUCGUACCGGGUGUGCAGCGGCCUGCAGCCCGGGGAGGAGUACUGCUUCCGAGUUAGGGCCUACAACACAGUGGGGGUCAGUGAGCCCGGACCAGCAUCGCCUGGGGUCAGCAUGGACCAUAAGGAUUCUGAGGAAGCACAUGAGGAAGUGGAGAGCCCCGAGGCCUUCGUUUCUAUCGAUUGCACGCACAAAGUCACAGAUCACUACGAUGUUCAGGAGAAGCUUGGCAUGGGUAAGUUUGGCCUGGUGUUCAAGCUGAAGCAUCGAAUGAGCGGCCGUGUGUGCGCCGGAAAGUUUUACAAAGGCCGACGCAACAAAGAGAGGGAGGCGGCCCGCAACGAGAUCGAGCUGAUGAACAAGCUCCACCAUCCUAAGUUGGUCCGCUGCCUGGCUGCCUAUGACCACAAGCCCGACAUAGUCAUGGUCAUGGAGUUCAUCGCAGGCGGGGAACUCUUCGAGCGCAUUGUGGACGACAACUUCGAGCACACGGAGCCGGCCAGCGUGCGCUACAUGCAGCAAAUCCUGCAGGGCGUCUCCUUUAUGCAUCGGCAGCUCAUCGUCCACUUGGACCUCAAACCUGAGAACAUCGUGUGUGUCGACACCAGCGGCACCGCUGUCAAGAUCAUUGACUUCGGAUUAGCUACCCAACUCGAUGGCAAGACUGAUCUGCGGGUGAUGCAGGGGACCCCGGAGUUUGUGGCCCCUGAGGUGAUCAACUACGAGCCUGUUUGCUUGGCCACAGAUAUGUGGAGCAUCGGUGUCAUCUGCUACAUAUUACUAAGCGGCGAGUCGCCCUUCCAGGGAAGCAGCGACGCUGACACGCUGGCCUUGGUAACGGCGGCCCACUGGGAGUUUGACGAGGAGAGCUUUGAGGACAUAACUGACCAGGCCAAACUUUUCAUCAGCUCCUUGCUUGAGAAAGAUCCCAGACAACGCAUGUCCUGCGAAGAUGCCCUGGCUCACGCGUGGAUGGCGGCGUUCGACUCGGGAACCCAGGCCUCCACCAAGAGUCUUCCCAAGGAGAAGAUGAAGCGCUUUCUUGCCAGGCAGAAAUGGAAGAAAGCAGGCAAGGCCAUGCUGGCGUUGAAGAGAAUGGCUUUACUAAGCAAAGGGGACAGCACUUGUUCUCCCACCAGCGCCCCAGAAGAAUGCCCCAUGACACCAGAGACGGAAGACGCCCUGCUCUCAUUAGAGCGCAAGAUGCAGGGACCCCCAUGCUUCACCAAGACCCUGCAGGACCAGACAGUGUUCAUAGGGGCCAGUGCUCACCUCGACUGUCACCUCAUGGGAUAUCCCGACCCAGAUGUGGUUUGGCUGUGCGGAGAGGAACCCGUGGAGGAGUCUCCAACCGUCCGGAUUGAGUAUGAGGACGAUGGCCGCUGCACGCUAAUCCUCGCCGAAACGAGCCUACAAGAUUCCAAUAUUUACACCUGCAAAGCCACCAAUGACCACGGAGAGACCUCUUGCUCGGCGUCGCUCGUUGUCCGAGAUUCAGACUAGAUUUUGUUUUAUACAGUCCACAUCCCUCAUGCGACAGCAUCUUUUUAAAUAUACUGCUGAAACAUUUUUAAAAAGCUUUUUAAUAGAAAUGAAAUUGCUGAAGAAAUUACAGUUGUAGAAUUUUGUUCGGAAAUUAAACUACAUUCUUACUUAAACGACAUUUUUACGGAC